GGCUAUAUCUAACCUAGUUCAAGUUUAUGUAAGUGACCGUUGCAAACGAAUAAAGAAUAGUUCAUGAUGCAGUCGCCAGCAAGUUUAAUUCUUCUCAUUUUUGCAUUUAUAAUCGGUGCAGAAAGCCAUCCACAAUGCUUGGAUUUCAAACCACCAUUCAAACCUGCAGCAGGAUCGUUGGAGUUUUGCAAAGAAUAUGAAAACUUCGGAUGUUGUGACGCAAAUGAUGAUUCGCAAAUUUUAACCGAAUAUAAAUCCAUAUUCAGCAACAUGACAUUAGUACGAUUUGCUUCGUGUGCCAUAUACCUCAGGUCCCUGUUAUGCCAGAAAUGCUCACCAUAUGCAGCGCAUAUAUACGAUGCUGAGGAUGGACCGCAAGCAAAGACAUUUCCAGGUCUAUGCAAACCGUAUUGCACUAACUUGAUGAAAAAAUGUUGGUUCCUUGUUCCAAUGCUAACAAAAAAGAAAAGACUGUUAGAUCUUGCAAAAAAAGAAGAUUCCUCGGAAUUUUGUAAUACCGUGAAACCAGUAGAUAUCGAUUACUGCUAUCCACAACUUACCAGGGAUCCUAAAUUAUUUAAUGGACUCGGUACUGAGAAUUUUUACCGUCAGACGAAUCCCUUUAAUGAAGAAAGAACAUCGUGCUUAAAAAUGUGCGUAGAAGAAGUAGCAAACGGAUUGAACAACCCUGUUUCUAUGAAGCACGCGAAUGAUGGAACACAAAGGUGGUUCGUGGUAGAGCAAGUUGGUAUUGUCUGGGUCUAUCUUCCUGAUAAAUCUCGACUCUCGACGCCUUUCUUGAAUUUACGUGACAGAGUUCUUGUACGAGAAUAUGGCUAUGACGAAAGAGGAAUGUUGGAUAUCGCGUUCCAUCCGAAUUAUAAAGAAAAUGGAUUGUUCUAUCUUUUUUACACUAUUUUAAUUAAAGGUUAUCACAAUAUAAAAAUCAGUGAAAUGAAGGUUUCGGACACAAAUAUGAACAAAGCAAAUCUAGAUACAGAGACGACUCUUUUAACGGUGCAAGAACCAGCUUUUAAUCACAAUGGAGGGCAGUUAAUAUUCGGGGUAGACGGUUAUCUUUAUAUUUUUACUGGAGAUGGAGGAGGAGGCGGUGAUCGCUUUGGAAAAUAUGGCAACGGACAAAAUAAAAAAACAAUGCUUGGCAAAGUUCUUCGCGUCGACGUCAACAAUAAAGGACCAAAUGAUUUACCUUACGCAAUUCCUGCUGAUAAUCCUUUUGUUAAUGACAAAGAUUAUUUACCCGAAAUUUAUGCCUUAGGGGUACGAAAUAUGUGGAGAUGUGGUAUGGACAGGGGAAAUGCAACAGGUUUCAACAAGGGAAGAAUAUUUUGUGGUGAUGUUGGUCAAAGUCAAUACGAGGAAGUAGACAUAAUCAAAAAAGGUGGCAACUACGGAUGGAGAGCGUACGAAGGAUUUAAAUGUUACGAUCCGAAUAUAUGCAAUAAAAACUUUGUUAAAAACUAUAUUCCACCAAUCCACGCGUAUUCCCACUCCGUUGGAAAAUCUAUAACUGGAGGAUAUGUUUACAGAGGAUGCCAAAAUCCAAAUUUAGAAGGAAAAUAUAUAUUCGGAGAUUUUCAGUAUGGGAAGUUGUUUCUUCUCCGGGAAGGAAAAAAUGGUAAAUGGAGGCGACAAAAUAUAUGCAUGGGAAGUGAUGAUGUUUGCAAAAAUGGAGGAAUACAAAAUCAAUUUGCAAAAUAUAUUCUAUCUUUUGGAGAAGAUGAACAAGGCGAGAUCUACAUGUUGAGUACACACAACCCAAUACCUGGUUUGCCGGGAGGAAGAAUCUAUAAAUUUGUCGAUCCGUCAAGAAGAGGAGAUCCAAGUGCCUGCAAAACUCCUAACCCAGUGGAGACCAAAGUUGCCGAAGGAACAGCAGCAAUUCCAUACAAAAGACAGUUUAACUGAACGUUUUGUAUUGUAUUCAUGCAAAGCGUAAAAUUGUAGAGUAAUUGUAAGGACAAUUAUUGCGCUAGUUAUUGUAUACUGUAUAACUUUAGACUAGUACUAGUAUGCAUUACACUGGGCGCCAAAAACUUUUUUUCAUGGUGCCUAAGAUGUUUUAACCGUUUUGGGCAAAUUGAGGGCGCUGAUCCAGAAAUGCUGUUACCUUUUCACUAUCAGGUCUAUUUUUUCUUCUAUGGUAUAUACCUCUCUGCAGGAUGCCGAAAGCUACAAUAAAGAUAGGCACAACAUUUUUCUGUAAUUUUAUUGAACAUAUUCAUGAAAUCUCACUAAAAUAUUUACAAUUAAAGCUGGAAGUUGUUAUAAAUGCUAACUAAUAGAUGUCCUCAGCUAUAAAUAGACGUUUUACUGAUUUUCUAAAAUGGGAGGCCACGGAAUCAUUGCGCUUGAUAGACUAACAGUUGUCUGCAAGCAUGAUGGCAUCACAACGACCUUGAUAGCAAACUUUCAUGCCGCUUAUAUCUUGAUGAAAGGGCUCCCCUUGCCCAUCAUUCAUAUAACUUAGAUUUUCUGGAAAACGGGCAAGAUGGCUGUGCAAAAUAUGCAACUUGAUGCUUAUAUUUGCACCACGUUGACGGAGACUUGUGAGUAGUUUUUAAACAAGCUCUUUGUAAUUGGGCUGAUUUUGGCCUGUGAUUUUCCCCAAAAUUUUUUUACCACAUUUGUCAACGACGUCCUUGGAUUCAUAAAAUUACAGAAAGUUUCGUCCUUCAUUAACAUUCGAAUCUGGGUUCCAUCAAAAAUUUCAGCUUUUAGUUUUUCUGCGGUUAGACCUGGAAAUUUCCUGCAAAUAUAUAUACUUGAACCUGU